UCCCUCCACAAAUCAUAACCCCCAUUGAAUUCUCCUUCAAAAAUAUCAUUUUCCACCUUCCCAUCCAACCAAAUUUCUCUCUCUGAUCUCCAAUGACUGUGCAACACUCUAAAAAUGUUUUUUUUUUUUUAAGCCUUCCACUAUUGCCGAGUUCUUGCUCUGAAUCACAAUGAGAGUAGAAGAGAAGAAAAUUAUUGUCAGGCUCUUUCAGUUUACCAGUAUGGUCUUCAUCAAAACCAUUUUCUUUCUUCUAUUCCAGCAUUUUGUUGUUACAUCUUGUAAUGCAGUUAUAGGUCAUCACCACAAUCCUCAUCACUCUUUGCUUAGAGAUAAGGCUGCUCUUCUACAGUUCAAGAAGGCCAUUACAUAUGAUCCAAAUUCUACUCUAGCUAAUUGGAAUGAAGCUACUGAUGUUUGCAACUUCACCGGUGUUGGGUGCAACAAAAAGCAUCAUCGUGUAACUAUACUCCUUCUGCAUAAUUGUAAACUUGUAGGGCAGCUUUCACCUAUCAUUUCAAAUCUAACCCGCCUUCGUUACUUGGAGCUUGUAGGCAAUCACUUUUAUGGAACUAUACCUCCUGAACUUUCCUUACUGAGACACCUACAUCAUCUACGGAUUGAGGGGAACAACUUUCGUGGUUCUAUACCAGAUUCCUUAGUCCUUCCUUCACAACUCACAGUUGUUACUCUUUUGCAAAACAAUUUCUCUGGUGCAGUUCCACCUGCACUCUUCUCCAACUGCUCUCUGUUAAGGGUGUUGGACCUUUCCAACAACUUUCUUUCAGGGAAAAUUCCAAGAGAAAUUGGAAAUUGUCCAAACCUAUGGACCCUCAAUUUAUACAACAAUCAAUUCACUGGAGAAAUUCCUCUCUCUUUGACUAAUACCUCACUGGUCAAUUUAGAUGUUGAGUUCAAUCAUCUUUCUGGUGAAUUGCCCGUCAAACUUGUGGAAAACUUGCCUGAUAUUCUCUAUCUUCACUUAUCAAAUAAUAAUAUGGUAAGCCAUGAUGGAAACACCAAUCUCGAUCCAUUCUUCACUGCCCUUGCAAAUUGCAUUAGUCUAGAGGAGCUUGAACUGGCGAGUAUGGGACUUGGAGGAAUAUUACCUAAUUCCAUCGGCGGACUUGGUGUCAACUUUACAUACCUGUUGCUGCAAGAAAACAAGAUCUUUGGAUCGGUUCCUUCAAAUAUAGGUAAUUUAUCCAGGCUUGUGGUCCUGAAUUUGACCUCUAAUCUUAUGAAUGGAACAAUUUCAGCAAACAUAAGUCAGUUGUCACACUUGGAACAGCUUUUCUUAUCUCACAACUUUUUCACCAGCACGAUACCAGAAGCACUUGGCCAGCUUCCUCAUCUUGGCCUGCUUGAUCUGUCUCAUAAUUCGUUCUUCGGGGAUAUCCCAAGCGGUCUAGGAAAUUUGGCCAUGCUGAAUUACCUGUUCCUCAACAACAACCUCCUAUCUGGAACCAUUCCACCAUCAUUAGGACGCUGCACAGAACUGUACAAGCUUGACUUAUCAUUCAACAGAUUGGCAGGGGCCAUCCCCCCGGAAUUAUCAGGUUUGAGUGAGAUCAGAAUUUUCAUAAACCUCUCACACAAUCAUCUUGAAGGGUCUAUACCGAUUGAGCUCAGCAAGCUAGAAGAUGUUCAAGAGAUGGAUCUCUCAUCAAAUAACCUAAGCGGGAGUAUCUUUCCACAGAUAUCAAGCUGUAUCGCACUGACGCUCAUAAACUUCUCACACAAUGCUUUGGAAGGGAGCCUUCCGGAUCUCAUAGGUGAGCUAAAGAACCUUGUGUCUCUUGAUGUUUCAGAUAACCACUUGUCAGGAAGGAUUCCCCUAAGCCUCAACAAGAGUCUAACACUCACAUAUCUAAAUCUUUCAUUUAAUGACUUCGAAGGAAUGGUUCCUUCUGGUGGCAUCUUUGAAUCAGUGUCAUAUACCUCUUUCUUGGGCAACAAACAUCUUUGUGGUAAAGUUGCUGCGAAACAUGUUUGCCCUCGGACAAAGCAAUUGUUUCGCUCUCACAUAUUCAUAAUCAUGUUUGUCAUAGUCAUAUUCAUUUCAACAUCCUUAUCAAUCAUAUGCUGUGUGAUUGCAUUCCGCCGCAUUAAGGUACUGAUUUCAUCCCAGAGGGCUGCAACCGUAAAGAAACCAACACAACCUGAAGUGAUUCAGAAUUUCCCAAGAGUUACAUACCGAGAUCUGUCAGAGGCCACCGGUGGAUUUGAUGAUCAGAGACUGAUUGGCACGGGGAGCUAUGGACGUGUCUACAGGGGAGUCCUUCCAGAUGGGACAACCAUAGCAGUCAAGGUGUUACAUUUACAAUCUGGAAAUUCAACAAAGAGUUUUAACAGAGAAUGCCAAGUCUUAAGGAGAAUUAGGCACAGGAACCUUAUAAGGAUCAUAACAGCUUGCAGCCUACCUGAUUUCAAGGCUAUUGUUCUUCCUUAUAUGGCAAAUGGUAGCUUGGAUAGCCGUCUAUAUCCACAUUCACAAGCCGGUCUAGGUUCAGGCUCUUCUGAUCUGAGUCUCAUUCAGAGGGUCAAUAUUUGUAGUGACAUCGCGGAAGGGAUGGCCUAUCUUCAUCAUUACUCUCCGGUCAGAGUUAUACACUGUGACCUGAAACCAAGCAAUGUUCUUCUCAACGAUGGCAUGACUGCUUUAGUUUCUGAUUUUGGGAUAGCAAGAUUAGUGAUAGCCGGAGGAGGAGUGGGAAAUGCAGGUCUUGAGAACAUGGGAAACUCUACUGCAAGUUUAUUAUGUGGAUCUAUUGGAUACAUAGCACCAGAGUAUGGGUUUGGAUCGAACACAUCUACAAAAGGCGAUGUUUACAGCUUCGGUGUUCUUGUUCUCGAGAUGGUGACAAGAAAAAGGCCGACAGAUGACAUGUUUGUUGGGGGACUAAGCCUGCACAGCUGGGUAAAGAACCAUUAUCAUGGAAGGGUUGACAAAGUGGUCGACUCUUCCUUGGUGAGAGCUUCUAGAGAUCAGCCACCUGAGAUGAAAAAAAUGUGGGAUGUUGCCAUAGGAGAAAUGAUAGAGUUGGGUAUUCUCUGCACUCAGGAAUCCCCUUCCACUAGGCCUACAAUGCUCGAUGCUGCAGAUGAUUUGGAUCGGCUGAAGAGAUAUCUUGGUGGGGAUACUACUGCAACAUUUGCCUCUUCAUUAGGAAUUUCUUCGUCUACCCUAGACGACGACUAGCAUCUACCCUGUAACUUCUGUAGAAAAAUUGAGAUGCUGUUGUCAUUUACUUUUAUCAUGGAUUUGAACUUACGACGACUGAGUAAUAUUGUCUUGCAA